GUGGAACUCACGUUCUAAAACGGUACAGUACUCGUUGUCUAUUUUUAGGGAAAGGAGCAUUUAUGAUAAUCGUAGUAUCCCUACCGCACUUAUCCGUACUAUUAGCGUUGGUUUAGAACUCUAGACAGUCAAAAAAGCAUCACUUUUGAAUAUCUAUCUUUUAAACCGGAUAUACUAAAUACAUAUUCAUCAGGGACAAUAAGGAAACGCUUACACUUUGGACAAUUGUAGUCGCUACUGUUCAAAGAUGCCCAAGAUUAACCAUACAAUAGUUCUAAAAGAAAACCAACAAAUGGUACUUCACGGAUUUUUGAAGCAAGCCGGCGUUGGGAACUUUUCGCUAUCACUAUCACCGGGAGUAGAAGUCGGUGAAAAUUUCGGUGGAAUUAUAAUAAAAGCUGAUGUAGUGUGGACCAGUGGAAAUGAAGAAUCAACGUCCCAUUACAUUCUAAAGUGCACUCCGCCAAGUGGAAUUCUUCAAAGCAUGAUACCUGUGCAACGUUGCUUUCUAAUUGAGAUAUAUGUGUACUCGAAAAUAUUUCAAGAGUUUAAUAUAAUUCAACGGGAGUAUAACAUUAGAACGCCUUUCGUUUGCGUCCCAGUUUACUACGCAUCUUUGGCAACAGAUCAUGACGAAACGAUAGUAUUACAAAACGUAAAGUCGCUAAAUUAUCGGCAUUACGAUCGAUCUCAACCUAUGGAUUACCCGCAUUUGUUACUCGUGGUUAAGGAAUACGCACGGUUGCAUGCCUUGUCCUACGUGAUAAGGCUCUACAAGCCAGACCUUUUCGAAGAAUUUGCAAGAAAUACUGAACACCACUUUUUCCAGGACUGGAGUUAUGAAGCCAUUGUGAUGGUUACUCAACAUCGAAUGGGCCACGCUUCAAAGGCACUGGCGUCAAUUGAUGAUACUGUUCUGUAUGAAAAAUUCUUACAUUUUUCCCAAAACGUACGUUCCAUUUUUACAAAGCUGCUCAACUCCAAAAAGAAGCACCGAGUGAUUAGUCACAUCGACUGCGGUAUUCCAAAUUUGUUGUUUAAGUAUGAUCCUACAUCUGGUGAUCUUUUGAGUACCUGCAUACUCGAUUGGCAACACACUCGUAUGGACUCUCCGGCAGUAGAUUUGGUUACGUUUAUAUUUUCCGCUGCCGACAAAGCUACUCGGGAACGUUACGAUGAGUUAAUAAUGGAGUAUCACAAGACGUUUUGUUCAUUUUUGGUGGAAUUUGGGUGUGAUGGAAAAAAGUUGCUUCCGUUUGAAGAUUUACAAGGAGAAUUAAAGAAAUUCGGUUUACUUGGUCUUAUGAUGGGAAUCUUAUUAAUUUAUGUUUAUGCGACAGUCGACCAAAAGGUUCCGGAUAUACUCCAUACCGAGUGCCCUAAGGAAGAAUUUGGAUUUUUGUACGAUUUGCAAGACCGUUCCCAAUUUGAUAUAAGGGUUCGGGAAGCAAUUUGCGAUUUUAAUCGUUUCGGUUACAAUUUUGAGUGAAAUUUUAGGUUUCCCAAUCAUGGACAGGUUGACUAGUUUAUAAACGACAUUGUCAUUAGAGCCCAUAUGCCGUAUGAGGUCUUACUUAAAAUUUUAUUGUUAAAGCUUCGAUAAACUUGCUGUUAAAUUAGAAGUAGUGUGUGCCAAAGAUGAGGAUAAACUAAAAACUUUGCGUGAAUCUAGUCGGGCGAAUGCAUAGCAUAAGGUGUUAUGCAAUGCAUAUUUAUAUAAUUAGUAUAAGAAAAGUGUUCUUGAUAUAUGAUUGCGCACGUGGUAGGCUGUAGCAAAGAGUACCGUACUCGUUGGCGGUAGUAAGGUCAAUAGACAACAUGCGUUAA